UAGCGAGCUUUAGAAAGAAAUUGAGUUAUUUAACCAGAAAGAGAGUCUUCUCCCCAACAGAACGGUUAAGCAAAAUAGCAUAUUUCAGCAAAAUAUACUGUUCGAGCAGCUGAAACACUGAUUCAUUGCGUGACCGUAAACUAUUUGUACUCGCUUGUUAUGCAAAUCCAGGAGUCGGAGAACAUUUUAAUCCGCCUCGUCAGUUUUGUUUCUUUCAAGGCCCUGCUUGCCAGAUAAAAUCAAGUAACUAUAGGUAACGUAUGAUAUCAAAUGUGGAUAUCAUGCUCAGGUUAUUGUGCGUGUUGUUUUUCAGCAUUGUUCAGCCGAUUGAUGGCGACAAUGCCGCCGUUUCGUGUGGAAAUUUCAUGCAGGAUUGGUAUCCGGGUGUAAAACCUCAGUCUUCUGUUGCUCCUUACGCGCUUAACGUAUCCGAUGAAAACGGUGGUUUCAGUCAAUGGUCGUGGCGUUCACCAACAUACGGAUCUAAAACAGUUCAAACAGUGAGGCUGAGUGGGUUGAUGUCUGGUAAUGACACAGAAAAGUUCAUUGGCUUCUUGAUCACUGCCAAGAACGAGUUUGACGAUGAAGAGAAUGGAAAUUUCAUAGCACCAUUUCCUGAUGGAGCCUCGAGGAUGGAAUGCAAGAAUCAAACAUCUCAAAUGGUUUCCUUCAAUUGGAUUGAGGUUGUGAAAAACUCGACAAGUGGUAAAGAAUGGACAAGUAUUGACCUGAAAUGGAGAGCUCCAAAGAAACACCCUGCUGGCAAAAUUACCAUAAGUGCCAGCGUGGUGAAGGAACACGGGGUGUACUGGGAAGGUGUCAGUGUCACAAUGGGUUAUCACUGCGCUGGUCCACGAUGUUCUAACAGAUGUCCAAACGGUUAUGCCAAGACAAAGUUCGGCUGUACAACUUGCACCUGCGCGGGUGCACGAGCAAUAACUGGCAGCGUCCUGGGCCUUCUUUUUAUCAUCGGUUUUUAUAUUUUGCUGACAAACUGACAAUCAUCAUGAAUCGAUAGUUGGUUCUUGCCGAGUUACUGAUUGAAGCUUGUUCGUUUCUGCUCGUUGAAGUUCCGUGUAACAAAUUUCAUAAAAACAGUAGUGAUAAAAGUGAUUUCUUGAAGCCCAACUAGGAGGAGAGUUACAAUGAGGAAAUUAUAUAAUUUUCCAGUUUCUAUCGUGGGAGAACAUAUUAAAGGUAGCGAUGUUUAUUUGAUCGGAAUUCGUUUUUGAAUUAUUAUUCAAAUUUACAGGUUUUCCCGGCUAUUCAGAGCUGCUUGUAGCCCUCUCUUUGUUCUCCACUUUACACGAGAGACAAAUCAGCUUUACUUUGCCUAGUUUUCUUUUCCUGACGGAUAUAGAUUGCAAUGUUUUUUUUCACGUAGCGGUUAUGCCGGAAGAGAACGUAUCGAGUUUUAAUGACCCAAGCUUGAUAACUGAACGCUGCCAAUAUUCGUUGCAAAACUCAUUGCUUGGUUAGAGAUCAAAACUUUUAUGAUUCUUUGUAAUUAGUGCAUCCUACCCGAGGCCCGACCGGGAAACUUCCCUAUUCAAAGAACGGCGGCCUAAAAAGGUUUGAACUGGUAAAAAGUGCCCAUUUUUAGGUAACGAUUGUCACUUCUAGACACAUCUUGUUCUACUUCCAAUCCCUGAUGGUGAAGAAACGUAUUUUUUUAAUUUUGGAAAACUAGACACUAAAUUUAAGUAACAUAUGAAAGAUGGCUACCUUAUGGUGAACUUGUCUUGCAGUGUUGAGUCGUAGCUUUCAACACGAACCACUCCACGAAACAGCUAGUCCAUCUGGGAAAAGUCCAACAUCUUACAGCUGCGGGGGAAAGUCAAUUGGUGGUUUGCCGAUGGGUGUUAUGUUUAUGUAUCUUUUCAUGGAUUAACCUCAGAUAGUGCUGUCGAGGGCUGACAACAGAGAUUAUGGCAUGUAGGAGCUUAUUUCUAGUUUUACUCGCACCUGCGGCUUUACUAAUUUCUUUGAAAACGAACCAUAAUUAAAAGGUAGCAUAGCACUUGGAAGCUUAUGUAGCAUUUUGAACAUUUUCAACGCCCACAGGGCAUAAUUUUCAGCCACUAUUAGCAUAGCCCCUAUAGGUGUUUUUCAAGCUUUGCUGUUCCAGCCUACAUCAUCAAAUUCUGAACGCCUUCUUAAUGCCAUGCACACAAGGUAGACACGUACAGUGCUUCGAACUGUUUAUUGUUAAUAACCGGGCUUGCGCUUAAAUUUUCCCUUAAAAUGAUUUCCUUUAUUGAGCCAAAUACCUGUAGUAUCUCAAUGAUUUGAGUACAUGGAGUCGUUUUAAUUAGCACCGUAGCUAGUGAGGAGCUUGGUUCUGAAAAAUCAAAUAAAGAUGACAUCGAAUGGAUAAAUACGGAUGUAUAUGGAUAAAGACGUCUUGUCUUUGAUUCUUGUAUUGAAAUUUUAUUAACCUUUCACCUCAUCUGUACGACAGUCGAAUUAGAAAAUAGAGUCGUUUUAAUUAACACUGUAGCUAGUGAGGAGCUUGGUUCCAAAAACUCAAAUAAAGAUGACAUCGAAUGAAUAAAAACGGAUAUCUAGAUG